UCAAAAAAUAGAAACUUCACCAAGGAAAAAAAACCCUCUUCACUUCUUACUUGGACCUUCACCUACUUGAGUCAACUAACCCUCUCUCGUAAGCUGUAUCAGUCCCCAAAUAACCGAGUCAACUAAAACCAACUCGGGGAAAGUUACCCAGAUCGUAGUUUUUGUUUUGUUCUAAUGGCAUGCAAUGUGAUAAAUUCAUGGACGUUUGCUGCUUUAGUGGGUGCUUUUCUCGAUCUCUCCAUAGCUUACUUCUUGCUGUGUGGAUCGACUCUUGCUUAUUUAGCUUCGAAAUUUCUGGGUUUUUUUGGGAAAUCCUUGCCUUGUCCGUGUAAUGGAUCGUUUGGGUACCCACACAAGAAAAAAUGUUAUCAAUCCAUGUUGGUUAAUAACCCACAUCUUAAAAUCUCCUCUGUUCGAUCUUCUGUUAAGGAAAAACUUCCUUUCGAUUCAAUCUGGAACGAAUUCUAUGUUGAUGAUGAUGAAGAUGGUGAUUGCCAUUCAAAUUCUGAAAAAUGGCGAAAUGAGAAUGAUGAAACGGGAGCGGAGGCAUCGUUUAGUUCAUGUAAUACGAAGAAGAACUCCGUUGGAGCAAAUAAAAGAAGAUUUGGGAAUCAGAGGCCUAAAGUUGGCCUUAGGCGGCGUAAGAGAGUUGCAAAUGGCUAUGGAGGAAAGGUUUUGACAUUUUCGAAUCAUCCUUUGGCUGCCAUUGAUUCUACACCAACCGGUUUGAGUGCUUCCAUAACUACCCCUGAUGAUUCUGAAGAUGGCUGGGAAACUUCAAAAGAGAUUGAAUUGCCAAAGCAAGGUUCACAGGGCUUUGAAGUGGAUGAUGAUACUUGUACCAAGAAUAAAAUCAAGGAAAAUUUCACGUUGGUUGGGUUUGAAUGCUUGACGCCUGAUCGGCAUUUUGAUGGCGGUGACAAAAAUGCGGUUAGAGUCUUAGAACAAGCUUUAGAUGAAGAGCAUGAAGCUCGUUCUGCUUUGUACCUUGAUCUUGAGAAAGAGAGAAUUGCUGCUGCUACUGCUGCUGAUGAGGCUAUGGCAAUGAUACUGCGGCUGCAGGAGGAGAAGGCGACAAUUGAAAUGGAAGCUAGGCAGUACCAGAGGAUGAUUGAGGAAAAAUUCGCAUAUGAUGCUGAAGAAAUGAACAUUCUUAAAGAGAUCUUAUUAAGGAGAGAGAGAGAAAAGCAUUUCUUGGAGAAAGAAGUUGAAGCUUACAAGAAAAUGAUCUGCGAAAACGAGAUAUCGGAUAUGGAUAUGUAUGAUAUGGAAGCCAUAUAUGAACAAGAGACUUCGAAUAUGAAGCAACAGGUAAUGUCAAAGCAGAUUGCUGAAUCUGUUGGGGAGAAGGAAAAGACAAUGCCUAACAUUGAUUUUUUGGAGUAUGGGGUCGGAUCUGUUGGGUCACCGAAUAAUGCUCUCGAUUUUGGGAAAGAAUUACCAGUUUCAGAACACAAUGAGGAUCCUGCUUCUUUAAAUUAUACUAUCGAAGAAAAUCAUGCAAAUCCAUCCAGAAAUAUUUACGAGAUUAAUCAAGAAUUUGAGGUGAAAGGAAUGGCAUCUGAGAACAAGAAUCCGGAGCAUCAAGAAAGCUACGUUCAAUCUGAUCUGUCAAUCACUCCUUCGAGAUCUGAUUGGCAUGAGAAAGCUAUUAACACUGUAGUCGAAGAGGAGCAAAGCAGAGAAACCAGUCCACAUCCAUGUUUGACACCAAAAGCAAUUGAGACUAAGAUAAUUUUCCCAUACAAGGAUGAAAAAAUGGAGAAGCAUGGAGAAGAUUUGCAUGGAACAGAAUCCGGUACCGAUUAUCAUCCUGUCAAUGUUAAUGUCAUUAAUGAUGAAUCUGACUUGCCUCGAACAUGCAAUAAUCGAACCGUUGGUGGGUUAGAAAUUGAGGCUUACAGGAGAAGCAGCAGUCUAGAUCGACCUGAAAGAUUACCACUAUGUGGUCCUUCAAGAGUUAAAUCUGUACCUCCUAUUUCACGCAGAAGUUCGAUGUCCGCUUUCGAUUACGAGAGGUUGAAAAUCGACAAUGAAGUUGGUUGGCUUAGAGAAAGGCUAAAGAUUGUACAGCAAGGAAGAGAAAAACUGAACUUCCCAGCGGGGCACAAGGGACGGGAACACUUUCAGUUGCAAAUAUUGGAAAACAUUGCUAGUCAACUUCGAGAGAUUCGACAAUUGAAUGAACCCCGGAAGUUUCUGCGACGUGCAUCUUUGCCCCCUCAAUCCUCUAAGGUUAUGUCAAAGAAAAGAAAUCAGAUGGAAGUCCUUGGAGGAUUGUUGGGAAGCAUUUAAAUCAGAUGAGCAACAUAAUCCGAAACUUUGAAGGUUUCGAUGGUAACUUUCUGCAAUAGUUCGAAAAUUUUACUUGUUACAGAUUCGGGUUCGGAUGUUAUUCGAGUGUUAGUGCUAAAUACCUAAAUAAGUUGAGCACGAGUAUGUUAAAUCUUUUACCAAGGUUUUUUUUUCUUCAUGUAUUUGGACCGAUAUGUGUAGUCAUGGUAACAGCCACGGAUACUUCAAGAAAUAUAAGUCGGAGCAGAAUACAAUUUUGCUUACUUGAUAUGUAAAUCUUAUAUC